AUGGAGCUCGCUGGAAGUUUGGUGCUGCGCGCAGCUCUCCUUAUGCUCUCGCUGGGACUAAUGGGCGCGCGGGCGGACACCUUCAAAGUGAGCACCCCUCACUUCCUCCAUAUCAAAGGUGUGGAGGUGAACGCAGGACAGACAGCCACGUUUCACUGCACCGUCAAUGGACGUCCGCAGAGCAACCUGCUGCUGUACCUGCAGGGAAUGGGCGGUCGGCAGGCCGCGGUACGGGAAACCAAACCGCUGAAUGCUCGGCGUUAUGUGGCGAGCUUCAAUGUGGACAACACGACCAAAGGAGACUCUGGACGCUACCGCUGCAUCGCCCAAUCAGAGCGAGGGGUGGGCGUGUCCUCCUAUGCUGACCUCACAGUCAAACAGCCCCCUGUACCCAUCGCCCCUCCUCAGCUGACAGCAGUUGGUGCCACCUACCUGUGGAUACAACUUAACGCCAACUCGAUCAAUGGGGACGGACCAAUCACUGAGCGAGACGUUGAGUAUCGGACGACAGCAGGCAUGUUGAUCGACACCACACCGGUUGAUAAGCCCACUCAUAAAAUCGGGCAUCUGGACCCCGACACAGAGUAUGAGAUCAGUGUGCUCCUCACCAGGCCCCUGGAUGGAGGCACAGGGAACCCCGGGCCACCGCUCAGAGCCAGGACCAAGUGUGCAG